GACGUAAAAACUAUUUUCUCGCCGAGGGCGGUGCUGUAGGCUAGCAAACGUUGUAAAAUCUUUUCGCGAACAGGUGGUAAAGUGACAGCUUUAUGUUAAAGAUGUCAUGAAAAUCCUUAGUUUGUGUGGCAGUUGAAUACGUCCUCAAGAAGAUGUUCCCUGUUGACUUUCCACUUGUGGAUGAAACUGACUUGAGGGCAGCAUCUGAAAAAUAUCUUUUGUCGCUGGAAUCCAGACCUAAAAAUGAGUGGUUUCAAUCAUCCAAAACUUCCAAGUUGGAAAUAACUGCAAAUAGCAUCAAAUGGUUGCAGCUGUUUGAGGGUGACCAAACUAAAUGCUCAAUAUUGGCACUUCACCCACCUGAUGAUCCUACUCAAGUGGUGGCCUUGUACUUGCAUGGAAGUUGGUGGUGUGUGAAUGAUAUUAUCCGAACAUCCUGCAAAUCAAGAACCGACUUGCUCCCAGUACAGUCACUUAUGGAGAGGGUCAUUAUGUUCCUGCUGAAUCAGGUCAUAGAGAGGCCUUCACAGGAGGAAACGCACUUUUCCUUGCACACCCGCACAGAGAGCGCCAAAUUGCUGUGGAGAGAUGGCCAAGCCGUAGGCUUCUACACUGUCAAACACAAAGGCAGUCUGUAUGACAGCUGGAGCAGCAGCUGCUACUCGAUGCCUGUUCUAGACACUGUGCUGGUGAGAAGAAGCUGGAGAAGACAAGGAUUGGGACAUAAAAUGCUGUCUGAUUUCUGCUCAUCUUUCUCCAGCGAGGAGGUACUGGGAAUCAGCAUGCCACUUUCAGCCAGCAUGGUUGCAGUUUGUAGGCACUUCCUGUAUCUGAAUGAAGCUCAAAGAGACCGUCUGUAUGAAGUAGAGGCUCCAGGUGGAUGGACUCAACGGCGAAAUAUCUGGCUCAACAUCCAACUGUCCCGCUAUUUGCUCACAGUCGAUGAAGUUGACUGAGUGGGAAACCUU